AUGUGUCUAGAGGAUACUAAGGUCACUGUGGGCUUCCAAGCCCCUUGGAACAUCUCAAAUUCUUUUAGUGCCCAGAGGCUGGGUGGUGCCAUCCAGAUUGCCAUGGAGAAGGUCAAUUCUGAUCCAGUAUACUUAAGUAACUAUACCAUGGAGUUUAAGUAUGCCAACUCAUCCUGCAGUGCCAAAGAAUCCCUGGAUGCUUUUAUCAAGCAAGUCCAAAGAGAAAGAAUUUCUGCCCUGUUUGGACCAGUCUGCCCAGAAGCAGCAGAGGUCACUGGCUUGUUGGCUGCACAAUGGAACAUUCCCAUGUUUGGAUUUGUCAGGCAAACACUGGAGAAUAGGUUCUUGUAUGACACCUACAUGAACCUCGUGUCCCCUAUUCAGAAAAUGGGGGAAGUACUCCAGGCAAUUCUACACCAUUUCAGCUGGAAACAUGUUGGGUUGCUUGGAGGAACCUCAAGAGAUUCCUCUUCGCAUGAAAUUCAGGAGCUAUGGACAACUGUGGAAAACCAGCUCAGAUCCCAUUUUGUCAUCACUACACAAGUCAGAUACACCAGCAACAAUCAAACUCUUCUUCAAGAGGAUCUCCAGCACAUAACAUCCUCUGCCAGAAUUAUCAUUUUAAUCUGCAGCAUGGCUGAAGCCUGGACUAUUCUGCAGGCCACAGAGAUGCUGGGACUAGUCCCUGGAAAAUUCGUCUUUGUCAUUUUGCAGCACUCAGAGGAUGAUUUUGAGAAAGAAGAAUUGACUCAUCAGAACGCUCACCUCCCCAAAGCCUUUGAGUCUGUGUUUCUCAUAGCCAUCACUUCCUUUGACAAAUAUUCCAAUGGCUAUAAUUUCAAGAAGAAAGUCUAUGAAAAGCUGAAGGAGAAGCCCUUUCUCAGUUCCCUUUCAUCAGUUGAGCAGGUGAGUGCUUAUUCUGCCUACCUUCAUGAUGCAGUCCUGCUCUAUGCUCUAACUGUAAAGGCAAUGUUAAAGGAAGGAAAGGAUUUCCGUAAUGGAAGGCAGCUUGUGAGCACCAUGAAAGGUGACAAUCUGACUGAGUUCCGUGGAAUCACUGGACGAAUCAGGAUAGAUAAAUCUGGAGAGAGGCAAAUGGAUUACAUGGUUUAUAUCUUAAAGAAAACUGGAAAUUCUUCUACAUUCAUUCCUUUUCUUCAUUAUGACAGCCAUAGGAAAACAAUCAGUCCCACAGGAGACUUUAAUGGCAGCUGGCCCCUUGGGUCUCUUCCUAAAGACAAACCUGCAUGUGGCUUUUCUAAUGAACACUGUCAAGCUAUGUCUAUAAGUGUCACCAUGAUCAUGGUGACGGUUCUCAUCAUUCUGGUAAUGAUCUCUGGAACUGCCAGCGUUGUGUUUUUUUUUAAGAUGCAGAAAAAGAACCUAUCUGUAUCCUAUAGUAAUGCUUGGUGGAAAAUCAACUAUGAAGACAUCAUCAUUUUGCCCCUUAACAAGCAAUCACAGGGGGACACUCCUAUGUCUAGAGGACAUGAAAGCUCAAACAUGAUUAUUUCAAGCAAUCCAAACUCAGACUUCCAGGAGAAGCAGGGAGAAGAAGCCUUUUAUACAACCGUGGGCCUUUACCAGGGUAAUCAUGUUGCCAUUAAACAUAUUGAAAAUGGAAAGGAAUCCUGCUUUAGUAAGCCAUCUGUUCUGCGAGAAAUACAGCUGAUGUGUGAACUGAAGCAUGAAAAUCUAGUUCCUUUCUUUGGUAUUUGCACUGAACCACCCAAUAUCUGUCUUGUCAUUCAGUACUGCAGGAAAGGAAGUCUGAAGGAUAUUCUAAGAAAUUCUGAGAAUGAAUUGGAUUGGGUAUUCAAGCUCUCUUUUGCAUAUGACAUAGUCAAUGGAAUGUUGUUUCUUCAUAAAAGCCCAUUGAACUCCCAUGGCAACCUGAAACCUUCCAAGUGUUUGGUUGAUAGUCGAAUGCAAGUGAAGCUGUCUGGAUUUGGGCUUUGGGAACUGAAGCACGGAAGAAAGUCUAGAUCAAAGAGUGAAAAAAAUACUGACUAUUCAGAAUUCUACUGGACUGCCCCAGAGCUGUUAAGGCUGGAGGAGCCUCCAACUCAUGGCACCCAAAAAGGAGAUAUUUAUAGUUUUGCUAUCCUAAUGAAGGAACUUAUUUAUAAUGAUCAACAUGGGCCCUUUGGAGACUUAAAUAAAGAGGCCAAAGAAAUCAUCAAUAAAAUCAAAGAUCCUGAUGAUGCUGUUCCCCUGAGACCAAACCUGUUAAAGGAAAAAUGUAACGAGAAAGUUAUAGCCAUGUUGAAGAAUUGUUGGGAUGAAUCGCCAGAGAAAAGACCAACAUUUUCCCAAGUCAAGAGAAUCUUAAGAGAAGCCAGUCCAGAUGGCCACGUGAGCAUCCUGGACAGCAUGGUGAACAAGCUAGAGAAGUAUGCCAACCAUCUGGAGGAGGUGGUGGAGGAGAGGACCACACAGCUAAUGUCUGAGAAGAAAAAGAUACACACGCUUCUAUCUACUAUGUUGCCCAGCUUCAUUGGGGAGCAGCUGAUAGCUGGGAGAUCUGUGGAGCCAGAACACUUUGAUUCUGUGACUAUCUUUUUCUCUGACAUCGUUGGAUUUACAAAGCUGUGUUCCCUCAGCACCCCCCUGCAAGUCGUUGGUCUUCUCAAUGACCUGUACAGUUUAUUUGACAAUAUUAUUAAAACGUAUGAUGUCUAUAAGGUUGAAACCAUUGGGGAUGCCUAUAUGGUGGCAAGUGGCCUCCCCCUUCGCAAUGGAAUCCGACAUGUGGAGGAAAUUGCUACAAUGUCACUGCAUUUCCUCAGUGCUGUGGUCCAUUUCAAGAUUGGACACAAGCCGGAGGAAAAAUUGAAGCUCCGGAUUGGUCUACAUACAGGUCCUGUAGUUGCUGGUGUUGUGGGGAUCACAAUGCCCAGGUACUGCCUGUUUGGAGAUACUGUGAACAUGGCAUCCAGGAUGGAAAGCAACAGCCUCCCUCUUCGGAUUCAUGUUUCUCAGACCACUGCCAGUGCCCUGAGAUCAGUAGGAGGGUAUGACCUGCAAGAACGAGGGCAAGGGAGAACAAACUACCUAUUGGCUAAAAGGAAAAGUUGGACUUGCCAUUUCCCUGCCAGAGUUCAUUGA